UUAGGGCAGGUUUGCAGGCAUGAAUUGCCAGAUUAUAUGCUUGAAAAUGUAGAUGCGACGGUACUUCUAGCCAUAUUCCUCGUAGAUUAACCAGGAAAAUGGGAGAUAGAUAAAUCGGCACUUCUGCUGCGUGCGUUUGUCGGAACAAAAUCAGUGCUGAUAUUCGUAUUCGUACUUAUCGGUAUUGAUGUGUGUUUUGGCAAGGGAAUGUUACCAAAGUGUUAAUGUGUUUUGCUCCAUUCUCCCAUUUGCUCUACCAGUAGUAAGGAUUUAGGACUGUCAUGUUUACAUACAUAAUGUUUCUUGCAAAUGUAUUUAACAAUUCACUUAAGCCUGAAAAUUUUUGGUUAAGAGCAGGUAGACUCUGCUAACUUUUUACAAAUGUGUGGCACCUGCUAGAUAUGAUAUAUGCAAUGCAUACUUCACAUCAUAUGUGGAUAUAUAUGACAUGAAGUAUGCAUUAUUGCUUGUAUGCAUGUGUCUAUUUUAUAGAAAAGCAAAACAUAGAUGUCUGAUGGCCCGUUUCUAUGGUGACCAAAGAGGUUUCCCAAACUGCAUCCAGAAUGCAAUUUGUGAUGCUGUUGUAUGCUAGACUGAGGAUAAUUAAUGGUUGGGUCCACCCCCAAUGUUUUGUAUGUAAUAAGUACUGGAUGGUUCCACCCCCUUUGUUGUCCAUACAACAGGCCUUGGAUGGGCCCACCCUUAUCAUGGUCUAUGCAAUGGACUUUUGAUGUGCCCACUCUCAUUGUAGGCCAUUUGAUAGACUUUUGACGGGCUAGCCCUUACUAUUUUUGUAUGAUGGACCUUUGAUCAGUUUACUCUCACUGUUGUCCAUGUGAUAAACUUUCAAUGGGUCUGUCAUCAGUGUAGUCCAUGUGAUGCAACUUUGAUGGGUCCACUCUCACUGUUUUCUAUCUGAUGGACCUUUGAUGAGUCCACCCCAUCAUAGUCCAUGUGAUGGCCCUUUCAUAGGCCCACCCUCACUGUUUUCCAUGUGAUAAACCUUUGCUGGGUCCACCCUCAUUGUUGUCCAAGUGAUGGACAUGUGAUGGGUCUACCCUCACUUUUGUCCAUGUGAUGAACCUUUGAUGGGUCCAUCUUUGCUGUUGUCCAUGUGAUUGGCCUCUGAUGGGUCCAACCUCAUCAUUGUCCAUGUGAUGGGCCUCUGAUGGAGCUACCCUUACUGUUACCUAUCUAUCAAUGUGAUAGACAUUUGAUGGGUCCACACUCAUUGUAGGUCAUGUGGUGGACCUUUGAUCAGUUCAUCUUUUUGUUGGGUCCAAUGUUUUCAAGAAAUUAGGCCUAUCAAAACAUUGAGGAAAUAAAGAUGACUAGAGCUGCAAAAAUCCCAGUCUAAUAUGCCAUGCAUUUCUAACAAUAGCCAUGUAUAAAAUUGGUGUUAUCAGAAGCCACUAUGGCUUAUUAUCUUUGUCAUCUAAUUUUUUGUGACAGGUAGCAUUUGCCAUUGCUUUAUAAUGCUUUAAAAUAGAGCAAAGGACUAAAUCAAGUGAGUGAACCCCCUAAGUAUACCAAAUCCUUAUGAGUUUGCCAUACCAGUGAUGCUUUAAAAUAAAGCAAAGGACAAAAUCAAGUGAAUGAACCCCUUAACUAUACCAAAUCCUGAUAAGCUUACUAUACCAGAAGGGAAUCAAUGACUUAAAACUGAUAAGCCAGCCCAGGUAAGGAUACUUUGCUCAGCUGAAUGUGGUGUUAGUGAUUCAUCUUGAACCACGUUCCCAAAACAUGGAUGGUGUGUAUCUGAGGACACUUUGUUAUCAACUUUUUUGUAAUGUGUUUUGCAUAUCUUUGAUUUGAUUGAUUAAUAUGCUUGCUUUAGCCCCUGCCAAAAUGGGGUGUAAUAAAACCAGAAAUCUAUUCAGUUCACUCUGUUCAAAUGAUGACUAACUGCAGAAUGUAGACCUUCUGUGGCUGUUGUUCUAUUUGUGUAAUUGUAAUAUAAGGAAACUAUGUAUACACAUGGUGUUGCUUUUGGGAUGAACUUUGUGCAUGCCUAGGAGUAGCAUGUCCAGUUUGCAGUGAGAGUGGCAUUUUGGUUUGUGUGAUGUGCCAGCCUAGGUAAAGGUUUUCCCAGGAUAGGUCACCCAGUUUCCAAAGUGGUCCUUUGCUUACCUGGAUGUGUAAAGGUCUUGCAGUCAUCUGUCACAACACAUUGGUUAUAGCCAUGUGUGAGUGGGGAGCAUGGGUUCCAAUGGUGGUAUGAAGCAGGAGCAAUUAAGUGCAUUGUGCAACAUUGUAGUGCUCACAAAUAGCUGCUGCUGUUAGUACACCUCAAAGCCACAGCACUGUAUCAUUAGCACCAGCUGGUGUCACACAUACAUUUGCUACAUUGUUACACUAAUUUAGUGACACAACUAGUGCCACUUUUCAUGCUUUUUACGUAUCAAGGUGAUGAGAGCACUGUCUUUCCAAUGCAUGCAUGAUAAUUGUUUCUUGUUCUAUACCUGUUCUACCUGUCCAACAAAGCAACAGUAAUUGAUUUUAUGUGUUAUGAAUAUGAUAUGAAGCAUUGUGUUUUCAGUGUCUGCAUAAUGAGGAUUUCUUAACCUGGACCUGCCAAAAAGAGGUCAUUAAAAUGGAAGAUACCCAAGAUGUCAUUCUACACAUUAUUGUGGUGGGUUUUCACCACAAAAAGGGAUAUCAGGUGGAGUUCAGUCACCCGCAGUGGCCAACCGGGGACGAAUGCCCGCCUCAGUGGAGCCAUCUGCCGAGCAUCGCCAUGCCUGACGGCUCACACAAUUAUCACCAGGAGACCGUGUACUUUCAUCUGCCACCGAUAGAGGGCAGCGACACCGUCUAUGGUGUGUCCUGCUACCGUCAGAUAGACGCUGACCGAGUUUUGAACCGAACGGAAGAUAUCACGCGGAAGUCGGUGCAGAAGUCUGUCGUUGCCCUAAGUCGGCUGCCGCUGUAUGGACAGAUACAGGUAAAGCUGGAGCUGAUCACCACUGCCUACUUCGAGACAGGAGACUUCAGUAAUGUGAAGGUGCUGAAGGAUGCCUACAGCAACCUCAACCAUUGUCUGUCGGCAUCAAUGCUUGGCACUCCGCAGGUGUUGGUGGGCCUCAGCGUGCGUGACCUGGUGCUGCUCUUCCGACACAAGCUGCUGGUGCUGUUCAAGCUACUGCUGCUGGAGCGGCGCGUGCUGGUCAUGCACUCGCCGGUGAGCGAGCUGUGCGCCGGCGUGCUGGCGCUGGUCUCGCUGCUGCCCGAGAUGGUGCCGCACCCUGGCGCGUUCUCGGACGGUGCGGUGGCGGCGCUGUCGGCACCGGCUGCCGCCGUCCGCCACAGUCCGGCCGCUGGCGCUCCUGGUGAACCCCCAGAUGCCGCUCAGGGCGCGCCGCCAGCUGAGGCCGGCUCCCCCAAACCGGGCUCAGAGUCUGCCGACGCAGAAGAGGACGUAGUGACGGGCAACAGCACCUUCUACCGGUCCGGCGACAGCGGCGGCACGGCCAGGUCGACCGCGAACAGCACCUUCUACCGCUCCGCCAGCGAAGGCUCGGCGGCGCCCCAGGCGGAUCCGCCGUCGGACAACAGCGCCUUUCACAGGAGCACCAGUCACGACUGUUCGGCUACGCGCGCCGGCAGCAGCGUCCCACAAACGGCGCCGGACAUCGGUUCGACGAGCGGCGCCAUGGCCGGCAACAGCACGUUCUACCGGACGGCGGGCGGCGGCGGCAGCAGCGACUCAUGCUCGGCCUCGUCAGCCGAAGGCGACUCGGCGCGGCGCGAAGCGGACCAGCAGGCGGACCAGCAGAGCGCCUACGCGCGGCUGGACCGGCUGCUGGCCGCCGCUCAGCGGCUUGGCGACCGCCAGUGCGGCAUGCCUCUCCGCCGCUUCCGGAAGGGCCACCUGUGCCACCCGUACCUGUCCCUGUCGGACAUCCACCUGCUGACGGACACCGAGGUGCAGACGCUCCUGGCCGGCGCCACCAACGUGCUCUACAGCCACAAGCGACACCUAGUGGACGCCUAUGUCACGAUGGCGCCGUGCUCCGUGGAGCUGAGCGCGCCCCUACGCCGCCAACUAGCGCUGAGCACGGAGGACCUGCGCCUGGCCGACCUGCUGGUGCGGGCCGUCACCGAGCCGGCCGCCGCUGGGUCGUCGGCGUCGCCGCUGGAGCCGCGCGCCGUCGAGGCCGACGAGCUGGCGCCGCGCGGCUCUGACGCCUGGCUGCGGGCCGUGUUCCGACUCUACUUGUUCAUGAUGUUGCGCACCUCGCUGCUCCCCGAUGGCAGUGCUGAGCACGCGAUCUACAACAGCUGCUACAUCGCGGCGUUGAAGGAGACGCCGAGCUAUGUGCAGUGGGCAGACGGCCAGCACCUGGGCGUGCUGGAGGUCAAUCCGGGUCACCCGUGCUCCGGCCAGCUCAGCAUGGCUGACAUGCGCCUCAAGAUCUCACAAACAUUCCAGAGCUCGGAGCGCGGCCGCAAGGUGACUCAGGUGGCCGCCAUGACGGGACGCGUAGUAGGUGGCGCCCUCACCGUAGCGCGCGGCGCGCUCAGCAGCUGGUGGAGCUCGCUGGGCACGCCCGAGGAGGCGACGCCGCCCGCUGAGCCGGCCAUGGAGGCGACGCCCGCCGAGCCGGCCAUGGAGACCACGCCGUCCGCAGAGGCCGCAGCGGAGGCCGCCGGCCGGGCGGUGACGAGCACCACCCUGACCGACCAGGCGGGAGCGACGCCAGCCGAUCGGACGGGCGGACCGACAGCGGCCGGCGCGACGCGCCCCGCUGCCAGCGGAUCGAUCGAGGCUUCGGUGCACGGCAGGCAGGCAGCUUUCGCGCGGCCCGGCAGCCAGUCUCUGAACGUGGCGCCAUGAGCGGCGGCGGCGACGGACGCCUCGCUGCCGCGUGCGGCGCGAGCUCUGCGUCUCCCGGCGCACUACUUACGGCGGUGGCCGACGGGGCGGGGCGCCCGCGGUGUUGCGUCACAUUCCGCGAUCGGAGGGCACCGGUCAGGCCCCACAGCUCGGCGGCGCCGGCUCCCCAGCCAGCCAAGCGCGGUGCGUCCGGGCGGCGCCG